AUGGAGGACAAAACGGAUAAACAAGGCGCACGGAGAAAAGUGUCACUUACAGGCCAAGGAAAAGCAGCUAAAUCGUUACGAAAACGGCUGGCUUUUGCCCUCGCGAACGACGCAAAUAUUAAAUCGGAUUCCGCUACAAGUACUAGCGCUAGCGCAAGCGAAGCGUCGGAUCAAGAAACAGUGAAAAAAGAAUUGGAAGGACAAGAAGAGAGAAAAUCCUCUAUUCCACGCAAAAUAUCGCAAGGGAAAAAAUCGCCACAAGCGAUGCAGAUAUUAGCGGCCCUAAAAGAAAAUGUUAAGUCUUCAAAAACGGACGGAAGAAGCAGGAAAGGUUCUUUGCCGAUCAACGAUGGAAUUAUUGGACAGAUAGAAGAAGGUAACGUGGAAAUACAGAAGCAAAAAGGAAGUGCGCAGAAUUUAGAAUUUAUGGCGAAUAUCAACAAUGAUGUGUCUGACAAAAAGAUAGCUGAAAGCAAGAUAGAAUAUGAGGGUCAUGACGAGUUGAUACCGAACAUUCACGAAAAAAUCAGGACCAAUUCCGAAGAUAUUCUUGGUUCGCCAAAUCAUGUGAAGCAUUUUAGUCUUGAAGAUGUUGAAAGAGAAGUAGUCAAUUUGAGUAGGAACAUGGAUAAAGUACUUCAAGAAUUUCCGAAAGUCAACAUCGCUACUGACCGCAUUAAAAUGAAAGUUGAAGAGUUAAGAAAAGAGAGAAUUUCGUAUUAUUCCAGGGAAAUCUUCUGA